GGCUUAUCACACGAAUUAUAUUAUUCGAAUCAAUGGGUACGUAAGCAAGUAAGUACCCCAAUUUCGCUUUCUACAUCGUGUGUGAAGCAUAUCCUGAAAACAACUCACUCCUCAGCAAUGGACCCCUUGAGUCUUUCCGCAAGUCUGAUAGCCGUCCUCCAAAUAACUGGAUCCUUGAUUUCUUUCUGUUAUGAUUAUCGUCAGGGCGUCAAACACGCUUCGAAGGAAAUCGUGCAGAUUUCAGAUGAACUGAAUAGUCUGAGAGAUAUCUUGGAUUCGUUACUUAAAAUUGCUGAGAGGGCUGAAUCGAAUGGUUUCUCCCAGCUCUCGACAUUUGAGCUGUUGUUGAAGGAUGACGGUCCGCUUUUCGUGUGUAAAACUGAGUUGGAGAAGUUGAGAGGAAAGCUGGAGAAAGGAGGGGUAGGUGGGAGUGAGGGGUGGAGGGCAGUUAGGGAGAGAUUGGUUUGGCCGUUGAAAGAAGGGGAGGUGAGGAAGACGUUGGUGGUGUUGGACAGGUUGAAGAGUACGUUGGCUUUGGGGCUGAGCGCUGAUCAGACGAAUCUGGUCUUGAAUCUUACGAAUAGGAUUGAAAAUCAAUUUGCAGACCAAACAACUCGAGAUAUCUAUCGAUGGUUAGCUGCGCCAGACCCAUUUCCUACUCAUUCUGCAACGUUGAAGAAACAUCAACCAAAUACUGGAACAUGGUUCAUAACAAGCAAGCAAUAUGUAGAUUGGUAUCUUGGCAAUGAUGCCUUUCUAUGGCUUUAUGGUAUUCCUGGUAGUGGGAAGACUGUAUUAUGUUCCACAAUAGUAGAGCAUUUAAUGACUCAAGUUCAACAACAUCCUAAGAUAGCCCUAGCAUACUUUUAUUUCGACUUUAAUGGAGAUUUGAAUGGCGCUCUCAAAUCUUUGAUUUCUCAACUCUCGGCACAAAGCAGUAAUGUCCCUCGGCCGUUGAAAACCCUCUACGAAGAAUUAAGCACAAAAACGUCGACAUCGCCAACAGAUGAUGUGCUCCUUGAAUGCUUUCGUAACAUUCUGUUGUCUUUCCAUCAUAUCUACAUAGUUUUUGAUGCACUAGACGAGGCCGCUAGAAAUACAGAAGUUCUGUCAUUCAUUUCUACUAUAAAAGCAUGGAAGUAUCAAAGACUGCGCUUACUGGUCACUAGUAGACGAUUGGCCGAGAUAGAAGACGUUUUAUCUCCUCUGGUCAGUGGCCGAAUGUGUCUGCAAGAUAAUUUGUCAGCAAGAAACGAUAUUAGAUACUUCAUCUCUGAGAAAAUAGAGCACGAUAAAAUAAUGUCAAAAUGGCCGCAAGAUAUUCGAGACCAGAUUGAGUCCAAGUUGACUCAAGAGGGAGAUGGCAUGUUCCGAUGGGUAGUCUGCCAACUAGAUAUGUUUCGAAAAUGCAUGAGUGUGUCAGCAAUACGGAAAGCGAUGAAAACAUUGCCCAAAAGUCUGGAUGAGACUUACGAGCGAAUAUUGCAGCAAAUUGAUGUCGACCACCAAUCGGAAGUUUCGAAAAUUCUUCAGGCUCUGACGGUAGCUGUAAAGCGCUUGAAUGUCGAAGAGUUGGUAGAAAUUCUAGCCAUAGAUAUUGAUUCGGAUCUACCGUGCUUCGACGAAGAUUCCCGACUUCUCAACCCCGAAAUAAUUCUCUCUAUAUGCUCGUCUCUCGUGACCAAGUUUGAGCCAAGAUCAGGACAAGAUGAAGAGCUUAAGACUAAAUGGAAAAGAGACUUGCCGAGCCAGGAAUCCGGAUCCAGCUCGCCUGCAGUGAAACUUGCACAUGCAUCUGUGGCUGAUUAUCUCACUCAAUCCACAACCUCACCGUUCCACUUCACUCAAUAUACAGCGCGUCAAUUUAUGGCCCAGGCUUGUCUAGCAUACCUACUCAAUCCAGAGUUUUCCCAAGGCCAUGAGCAAAAAUUACUCAAGAGUCGCUAUCGAAAGUAUCCCUUUCUUCGUCACCUCACAUUAAACUGGCCACGAUAUGUUAACAGAGAACCUGGAGAUCCCGACGAUUAUCUUGCACCACGUACUCGGAAACUCCUCCGCGCUUUCCUCGAAACUCACAAACUCGAGCAUGGUGGCAACUUCGCUUUCUGGCUUGGCAUGAUGAUGCCAUCUGCUAUUGGAAAGGAGUCAUUUGUGUUGAGAACACAUCCGCUUUACUACGCAGCGUCUUUUGGACUUGAAGAUAUUGUGCGCAUCAUAUUAGAUACGGAGCCAGAUAUCGAUAUUAAUGCACUUGGAGGACGAGCACAUGCGACUGCUUUACAUGUCGCCUGUUACAGAGAGCAUUAUAAAGUGGCAAAGCUCUUGCUCGAGAGAGGUGCGGAUCCGGAUAUACCCAAUGUCCUUGGCGAGAGUCCUUUAUAUUGGGCCAGGCCCAAUAAUCCAGACGGAAAUAUGGUGGAAUUGUUGUUGGAGCACGGAGCAAAUAGUGCAGGGCGUAAGAAAUGGAGUUCAGUGAAUAAUAUGCCGGUCGAAGUUCCUACCGUUUUGUGUCUCCGAUAAUUCACGAUAGACGAAUCUUAUUGAGAAUCUCAGAUGAUGAGGAUAUCUUAGUCAAAACUCCUAUCGUCCAUGAUUCUCUUCUCUUCAAAACUUGUUGAUUGUGAAUAUGCAUGCACAGAAACACGACACGCUGGUGAAGAUAGCUUGCUUUAGUGGCGCGCCACAAUCUAUAUCCAUACCUAUUGCGGGCCAAUACGAAGAUGUGACGAGAAACAUAGAUUCCCUUGUAGAUAGCAGGGGAGUUUAUAAAAGAGCGGGGGUAAGCAGCUAGGGCUCGGGGUGGACGGAAAAACUGGGACGCCCAACCACCAUAGUCACAUAAUCACAUAAUCACUAAAAAUACCUCUAUCUUGAUUUUAUAUUUCGAUAGCAAUCUAGUAGAUAACAUGA